AUGUGCGUCUUGCGUAACGGCCUGCAGCACCUGGGCCUGGCGGAGUCCUUGCCCAAAGCCUUGAUGCAGGCCUGCCAGACGCAUCAUGAUGCCAUCGAGGCCGUGCUCGCGACGGAGAGCGCCUUGGGCGGCGACCUGGACGGGGACGUCUUCGUGUGGGGCGACCAACCAGGGGAAGCUGGCUGCAGACGAAGAGAAAUCAAGGAAGGUAGCUUGCGACAGAGAUUGGAAGAAGCCAAGCGUGGAGCCACCGAAAAAUCCCUGAUGUACAUGGCUGAGCUGAGUCGGGGCAGCAAGACCCCACACCACUUGACGGGGGAACGUUCGCGGACGCUGACUUCGCGUGAUGUGCGCGAUUUGGACUUUGCAGCUUUUGGUUGCGAAGACGUGGAGCUGCCAAUGUGGGACCGCGGUCAUGCUUUCGUUGGCGCCAACGGUGCUGGAAGUUGUCUUCACGUCGAUCAGGCAUGGUGGAGCAACAUCUCCAAGAACUUUGCAGGGUAUAAACUGGUGGCACUGUGGGGCCCGGGCGCUGCGCCCGAAGCCCUGAAGCUCUCCACACAACUCUUCCGCAGGCCGUUGUCCAAAGAACAGACUGACGCCCUGCGGCAGGCUUCAACCAUUGCUUUACUGGGUCCGGGAGAUGUGGCGAGUUUCACCGGUGGGCUGCCACAUGUCACGGUGGUAGUGGGUGACAUGCUCAACCUUACAGCCUAUGAGAGCCUGAUCAAUUGGCAUCCCUGCAAUGCAGAUCUCCUGCUUCGUGGAGCUCUGCGGAAGCCAGGGAGCGAAGGUGUCAUGAAGCGCAAAGCCCUUCAUGGCCUCUUUGAUGACAUCGUUCAGGUGGUUCGGCGGAGGGUGCCGGAGGCCUUGGACCUGCACAGGAAAGGCGUUCGAAGGCGUGUGGUGCUGCUUCCUCUGGGUUCCACCAACGACCAUCAGGGCCUGGUGGACGGAGAGGUCUGGCACCGGGCAAAGAAAACCGUGUCCCUGUGGAAAUCAUUGAAAUCUGCUGGCAGCGAUGUGCAGAUUCUUAUGUCAGGUGGUGCCGAUACCAGCCGUUUCUUCAACCCCCUCGAGACAUCUCACUGGCGCUUCGUUCGGGAGGUCCUACUGCAAUUAGGUGUUCCAAGUCAGGAACUGCCUGAUGGCUUGGAGGCGCUUCAUACAGUGGAUGAGGCGCUCAUGAGCCGUGCACACUGCGUUGCCAUGAAGGACGUCGACACGGUGGAUCUGCUGGUGAUCACCAGCGAAUUCCACGUGGCACGUGCACGGCAUUUGUUCAACGUGGCCCUUCGCGAUGUGUCCAACGUGGAGGUGCUGGUGCUGGCGGUGCCCAAUGCCUGUGCCGGCGAGAAACUGGAGGCCUACCUGAAGAAGGAAACAGAAACCAUCAAAUGCCUGCGGCAGAAACCCUACGGAGCUUGGCUGGACUUUCUGCGUGAACAUCAUGCGGAAGCGGUGAAUGAGAGUCAUCAGCAAUGUGAGCCCUUUAUCAUGUCCAGCCACAAAGCAGAUCUCCUACGGGGCGCCUUCCGGGACACGCUGCGUUCCAACAAAAGCUGUCGGAGACGGCUGGCGUCCAAGGAAGAACUCUGGGAUUCCUCGUCCAGCAGGAGUGGAGACGAGGUGCCAGCCUCAAAGGACCCAUGCGGAGUUGACCAUGUGCAGAAACAGAAGAAACCACGAUACGAAAAGUGA